UCACAAAACCCUAAAGUAGCUUUCGCCUUCUUCCCCUACCAAUUCUUUCUCCAUUGUAAUCGAUUUUCAAAUUUCAUAAGUUUCAACCAGUUUCAUGGCUUUGGGUCUUGUUGAAUCGAUGGAAUCUAUCAACCCUUUAAAGCAAAAUCCUUUCCUCGGAGAAAAUUACGAGUUUACUCUUGCGCAAUCAAUCCAGAAUGUCUUAGCUGAAAUUCGCAAAGGAAAUGUUGUUUUUUCUCAAUUUACGAAAAGAUUCUACAAAUUGAUUCAAGCUAGAGCUGACCCACCAUUAGAAUCGAUUUGGUUUUACUCCGCAUUAAAGUUUCGUAGUAGUUUCAAUCCUAAAGGCGAUUUUUUGGAACGAGUGGCAGCCAUGAAAGUCUUGUUUCAGUUGGUAUGUUCUUGUUCGGCUCCUUGUGGUUCUUCGAAGACCAUUACGUUGCUUUCUCCAGUGGUUUCCGAGGUGUAUAAAUUGGUUAUCGACAUGCGUGGAAAGGAUUUGAACUCGACAAGGGAAAAGAAAGCAAUGAGAGAGGUUAAGUCUUUAGUUGAAGCAAUUCUUGGUUUUAUGAAUCUGAGUUCACGUGAGGAUUCGGACAAGAAUGAUAAAUCUCUCGACUUCAGUUUGAUUACUCCUUUUAUGGAUUUAAUUAGUAUCUGGACGCAGCCAAAUGAGGGAUUGGAUCAGUUCCUACCGCUCGUGUGCAGUGAGGUUCGUGAGGAGUUUAGUUCGGGAGAGUGUGAUGUUCGUCGCUUGGCUGGAGUUGUAAUCGCUGAGAUAUUUCUGAUGAAACUGUGCUUGGAUUUUAACUAUGGACGUUCGAGGCAAGAUUUGGAGAAAGAUCUAAUAACAUGGGCUGUUGGAUCAAUAACUCAGAUUAGAAAUUUCUACUCUUUUGAAACUCUUGUAAGAGUCCUCCUGGAGGCAACUUUACCUGUGACGUCUCUUUUGAGUACUGACAAUGAAGCUUUGUUAAGGAAGGUUCUAUAUGAUGCUCUUAUAUUGGUUGAUUAUUCGUUUUUGAAACCUGAGAUAGCCAUUAACUUACCUGCCGAGCAUGUGGCGUUUCUUGCUGUUAAGAGAUUGAUUCUUACUUAUGAGGCCAUAGAGUUUUACAGGGAGCAUGGAGAUCAGAAUAGAGCCAUCUCAUAUCUAAAUGCCUUCUCGAGUUCUCUUGUUUCUUCUCAAAUUAUUAGAUGGAUCAAAAGCCAAAUGCCUAGCAAUGAGAAUCUAAAUUGCCCCAAUGGGUUGUCACCUAAAGUGUUUCUUGAGUGGCUUCUCAAGGCUGAAGAUCAAGGUGUAAGAGUAUUUGACAAUACCAUUUCCAAUCGUCGAUCCAAAUUAGUUCUUGAUACUUCCAAAUCAGUCUCAUUUGAGGGAGAUAAAGUAGAUGAUGAUCUUUUGUUUUACAUCGAUAAGCAAGGGGGAAAUGUAAAUGGAAGUGAGGAGGACACGACAAUGGAUGAAUCGGUAAAUGCAGCUCUCGCUUCUGCUGCUCCUACAAUGUCAACGACUGAAAAUAGUUCGGUCAAGAAGCUAAGUAGAAAAGCAAAAAAAAGGAAUAAAAAGUUAAAGUUGUUAAGUCAGUUGAAGUCAGCUGUUGAGGGCGAUCUUUUGUUUUGCAUCAAUAAGCAAGGGGAAAAUGAAAAUGGAAAUGAGGAGGACACGACAAUGAAUGAACCAGUAAAUGAAGCUCUUGUUUCUGCGGCUCCUACAAUGUCAACGACUGAAAAUAGUUCGGUAAAGAGUCUAAAGAGAAAGGCAAAAAGAAAGAAUAAAAAAAAUAAAUUGGUUAAGUACGAUCUGGUUCCGAACACUGAUGCUACCCAGUUGAAGUCAGCUGUUGAGAAUAACGAUACACACAGCGAGGGGGAGGUUCAUAAUCCACACUCGGACAAAGAUUCUGACAUGAAACAGUAAUGUGAUUCAACAAGAAAGGUUGGUAUUUGGUUGCAACAAAACAACUUCAGAUUCAGUUUGUUUUCUUUUUUUGAAGAUCUUCCUGGAGUAGCUGGCUGAGUUACAAGGCAAGUCGAUAAUCCUCUGAGAACGGUUGAUUUUGAACUCGGGACUUUGCAACAGUUCAACCAAGGAUUGUAAAUGUAAAAUGAUUCACUAUUUAAUCAAGGAAAGGAAGAAGAUGGAAAGACGUUUUGGGUCAUUAUGAUGCUGCUGCUUGGCUUCAUGAAGAUGAAUCAGAUCUUUAACUUCUAUUUGAUAUAAAUGUACUUUACUACCUUUGAGUAAUUCUCUUUUAAGAGAUUUUUCAAAUUUAAACAUCACAAAAAUACUCUCUCCAAAUACAACUCUUACUCUUAGACCUUUCAUCUAACAAAGUUUUGCAUGACAUUGUAUUCAAAUAUUUUCUUUUUCAUCUAAA